AUGGCCGAUGAAGGGCCCACAGAGUUCCUCGCGACGCGUCGCUCCAAGCGGUCGACCGCAGGCAACAGAAUGGAGAUGGCAUUAGCAGAAAUGGGCAUUGAUGAUUUCUCGAAGGACCAAGAUGACGACCGGGAUUUUCAUGUAGAGAAGGACGAAGAGGAUAUAUUCGAGUCUGAUUUCGACAGUACAGACGAGGAAGCACCUCAGACUGGAGUCGAAGCAGGCGAACAACUUGUAGAAGAGGAGGAAAAGAGAGCCAGGAAGCUCGUCAAAUCUCGUUUGGAGAAAGCCACGGCGGCGGCGCACGAAAGACAGAAGGCGACAUUUGAACCUGACAAGUCAACCAAGGCUACUACAUCCAAGAAGCUAAAACCGAAGCCGAAACUGAGACGGGUCUCUUUGGGGGUCGUGGUAGAUGCGGAGACAGGCGAAUUGCUCCAGGGAGAGGAAAUCCCAGCAUCUUCCAUAGCAGGGGAGCGAAAGAGUAAACGUCGACACACGAUAUUGAAUACGUCUGCUACGGUCUCGAGGCUCAAGCUUGAGGAGGAGAAACGGGCCUCAGCGCCGAGGAAGAGCAAAGUCGAAGCUAAAUCCUACACACAGGAUGAGCUGAUUGCACGAGCCCUGGAUAACGAGGAGGGGAAUAUAAUUGAGCAUCGAAAUUAUCUUCAAUUGGAGGAUGAGAAGAGGAAGCGGGCUCGAGUUGUCAGAACGGCUGUUUCUGGACCUUUACUCCGAUGGACGAGUCGUGUCGAAGAAGAGAAGGUCUUGGUGACUGUCCAGUCAAUGACACCAUCCACAUCCACGUCGAGACUCGGCUACUCGUCAGCUCCGUACUCCAACCCUUCCUUGACGGCUGGACAGCCUCAGCCUCCCCAGCCCACCAGUACGUUUCCCUACGGCCAAUACCCCUACACAGCGAACGUAUCAUAUGGCCAAGCAACGGCACAGUCAACCCAGAAUUACGCUACUUCAUUUCCCACCAUGCCUUACCCAGGGUCUACGUCCUGGUAUUCAUAUCAACCUCCUACUCCGCCAGCACCAGAGAAAACUACGCAGACUGUAGAACAGGUCGAGAAAGUGACAAAGUGCUACGUCGUCCACGAGAUAGCUCAAGGAAACAGUGCCGCCAAGCCUGGGUGGGCAGAUACUAUGGAAGCCAUGUUUGGGGAUCAUGUACGCUGGCAAGACCUCAAAGUGUAUUCUGGGAGGAAUAGGCCUUUAGGAAAACAGAAACACAAAUGCCCUAUCACCGGACGGACGGCUAAAUACCUCGACCCAAGGAGCGGCGUACCGUUCGCCGACGUACAAGGCUACCAAGUGCUAUCCCGCGUACUGAAUCACGAAUAUGUGUGGAACCCCACUGUAGGGAGCUAUGUGGGGCACGAGUCUCCAGACGAUAUGAUGUAUAAGGCGAAUGAGAAUGAGCGAGAUGCUAAUAUUCGUGUCACAGGCAUGGAUAUCUCGUAG